AUGCGUUUCUCUAUCCCAGUCUUCGUCAGUGCCGCUUUGGCUUUAACUCAAUAUGCAAGUGCAGAAGGAUUAACAGGAAUCAAAGUUCCUGCUUCAAUCACGCCUGGAGAAUUGUUCAAUGUGACAUACUCAUUCUCGAACGGCUUAACCAAUUGUGCAGAAUAUAUGGCAAUCUUUGGAAUGACUUAUGAUAAAAAUGUUUUAGAAGCAAGUACGAUUGGAUCACAAGUAGUUGCAACUGCAGAUUUAUCAAAACUCGUUCUUAAUCGUACUUUUAAUGCAACAAUUCGUGCACCAAGUCAUGGUUAUUUUGAAUUUUAUGCAAAUUAUUAUAAUGGUACCCUUCCUCAACCUUGGUAUAUUUCUUCGGCAAACAUUCAACAAAUUGGUGAUAGUGGUGGUGUAGGCCUCGAAGUGUUCCAUGCCAGCACCCAUAUCAAUUACAGUUAA